UUUGUCUCUGCUAUUCAAUUAUCAAUUUUUCUCAAUUCUCACGAAAAUUAUCUCAGCUCUCUCUUUAGUCUUUACACUUCCAUAUGCAUAGAUUUCGCCGUUCAAUCGCUGAAGGUGGGAAAGAUGGAUCUAAAGGUUUUGUGAAGAGGGUUACAUCAACUUUCUCCAUUAGGAAAAAGAAGAACACAACGAGUGAUCCGAAACCGCUUCUCCCUCGAUCGAAAUCAACAGGUGGCAACUAUGAAUCCAUGAGGCUUCCUCAGGGGAAAAAGUCUCUUCCAGAUGUCACAGCAAACACAAAGAGGACCAAAUCUGCAGGUGUUUCUCCUCAACCAAGGCGUGAAAAGAUCGAUGAAUCAGGGAAACAGUUUACGAAGCUGAGAUGUCUCGACGACAGCGAUUCCAUUUGGUUGUCUUCAGAUUGUACCUCUCCUACCUCUCUUCUAGAGGAACGAAGAGUGUCUGUCUCGUUUCAUUUCUCAGUCGACGAAAGGAUUGUCUCUUGGUUAUCAAAUGUUGCAAACUCUUCAUUGUCUCUGAAUCAAGAAGACACAAACUCCACCAAAGGGAAUCAGAGAUACCAGACAAGUUCAAAGAACGCAAAAUGUUCUUCACAAAACAUUCGAAAGGAUGGACAAAUCUGCAACUCAGCUGAGAAGAAGUAUGUUGGAACAGGCUCUGCAAAAACGUCAAGCAACAACAAGACUUGUCCACGAAAAUCAUGUGAAGAGUCAUCUAGUUCCACCACUUUUGUGAGUCCUGACGAAAAGAAAGUUAGCUUCUCACUAGAAUCAGAGGUGUCUCCUUCACCGGUUAGCUCAUCUGGUCCAAGUAAAACCAUACCGGCAAAGACUGUGGAGAAAGCUGCAGAGAAUGGGAAUUCAAAGAACAAGAUAGCUGUGGAGCCGCUUUUCUGGCCAUUUGAGCAGAAGUUUGACUGGACACCAGAGGAUAUAUUGAAGCAUUUCACCAUGUCUCCUCGGAGAAAGAAGUCACUAGGAACCAAAACUCCAGGUACUUCUCCAAGAUCAAUGAGGGCACAACUCCAAACAAGAAAGCUAGAUCUCAAAGAAGGGUGUAAGAGAAAGCUCAUGUUCAACGGUCCCGGAUCAAAUUCGAAACCCACACGGAUUCCAGAACUUAAACGAACAAUCAGCAGUAACAGCAACAACAGUAGCACCACCAAGAAAUCCGAGAUCAGCAAGAACGAACAACCCAUGAUCAGGAACAGUGUGAAGAGGAACAAAAGUUUGCCAUCGAGGUUGAGAAAAUCAAGCAAAAUAUCUUCAAAGGUGGUGCCAAUAGAAGCUACAGAAGAGAGUGGAGAGAUAUGCAGAGAGCAAAAAACACCUAAGAAGCUCAUCAUGACCCGCAAGUCGAGGACUUUUUUAGAAGAUGACUUUGCUUUGAUGAAUGAUUUCUCUAUAGAAAAGGCGGUUGGGCUUUGCGAGUUUAAGGGAAGAGAAGGCAUAGACUCAGACUUCAACACUGAUGGUUUCUUGUUCGAAGAUUCUCUAUGAAAACAAAAGACUUUUACAGGUUUGAUAACCCGAGGAUACAGCAUCAUACGGUUAAAUAGUGUAUACUUGCCAAACCGCAAUCUGCA